CGCUUCUCUGUCCGUGUGUGUGGCGCAUAGUGUAGCAUUGUAGAUGCAACUCUUGAGGCUGCCUAGGUAUCUAGUUGAAAGUCGAUACAUAUAUAAGUCAGUCUUCUCUCGUUUGAAUUAGCUAGAACCAUCAGACACAAACAGUCUUCAAGACGACAAACCGGAUCAAAUAUUCUCUGAUAAAAUUACUCUAUAUCAACAUGCCUGCUAAGCCUAUCCUCCACCCUCUUGGCAAGAACGGCCCUCUCGUGCCGGCCAUGGGUUUGGGACUCAUGGGUCUUUCUUAUCCUACCUACGGAACGCUCACCAGCGACGAGGAACGCUUCCAGUUCCUCGAUCGCGCCCUCGAGAUCGGAGCGACGUUCUGGGAUACCGCUGAUCUUUACGGAAAUGGCGAGGAGUUCCUUGGGAAAUGGUUCAAGCGGACCGGAAAGCGCGACCAGAUUUUCCUCGCCUCUAAGUACGGCCACAUCAAGGGCAACCCGGCCUUUGAGGCCGACAGCUCUUACGAGUACACUAAGAAAGCCGCGGCGAAGAGUCUGGAGAACCUCGGUGUCGACUGUAUCGAUUUGUACUACAUCCACAGCGUCAACGAAAAUGUCCCCAUCGAAGAAACUAUGAGGGGUCUAAAAGAACUGCAAGACGAGGGCAAAAUCAAGCACAUCGGUCUCUCGAUGGUAUCAUCCAGCACCCUCCGGCGCGCCGUAGCCAUCGCCCCGGUAGCCGCUGUGCAAACCGAGUACUCAGUCUUCAGCCAGCGCAUCGAGGGCGAGUCGGGCACCCACCUACUACAAGCAUGCCGGGACCUCGGCGUCGCCGUUGUAGUCGCCACGCCGCUCGGGCGCGGCCUCCUCACAUCCUCCUUCACGAGCGCCGAGAGCGCGGCGACGACGUUCGACGGCGCCGACAUGCGGCCCAAGGCGCUGCCGCAGUUCAUGGACGGCAACCGCGAGGCCAACGUCGCGUACGUGGCCAAGUUCCGCGCGCUCGCCGACAAGAAGGGGUGCACGGUCGCGCAGCUGGCGCUGGCCUGGCUGCUGAAGCAGGGCGACGACAUCUUCCCCAUCCCCGGGACGAAGCGCGUCAAGUACCUCGAGGAGAACUGGGGCGCGCUGGACGUGCGGCUGAGCGACGAGGAGGAGCGGGAGAUCAGGGCCUUCGCGAGGGAGAACGAGGUUAAGGGGGGCACGGUGCCGCCUGCCUUUGAGCACCAUCUUUUCAAGGAUACUAAGCCGUUGAGCUGAGAUGGGUUGGGGAGUGGUGUUUGCGGAGUGGGAAGAAAAGGGGUGACGCGCUUGAAUAGUCUAGACAGAGAAAAAUUGAUGAG